UUUUCCACUCAGUAUUCUAUCAAAAUUGAUUUCCUCAACAUCUUAGAACACAAUCCAAACCAACAAAAAUGAAAAAUAAAAAUGUCGAAAAGUAUUUCCACGGGACAAUUUACUAUUUCCGAACAAUCGGAUUUGAUUACGAGAACAAAAAUAAACUGAUGCAUUAUUAUUUGAUGGCGGGAAUCAUCAAUUCAGCUAUCAUUAUUUUCGGUCAAAUAUCCUUCAAUAUUUUUCAAGAAGUUAAUUUACAACAAAGGACAACAAACUUAAGCUACCUUAACUAUUAUUUGGUAUCAAGUGCUAAGCUUAUAGCACUGUUUUUCUAUCGAGAUACAGUGAACGAUGUUUUAAAUGAAUUUCGCCAAAUUUAUCCAAGUGAAGAUUUGGAAAAAGCUUAUAAAUUGGACAAAUAUCUGCGGCAAUCGUUGAUGAUUGAAAAAAUUCUUGCAAUAUUUUUUGAAGUCGUAACAAUAUUUUAUACUUGGUUUCCGCUGGUUUUGUCGGUGUUGGAUUUUAUCGAUAGUGGAAAGUUCAGUUUUAGAUUGCCUUAUAUGUGCUGGUACGGAUUCAAUUUUGCAAAAUAUAACUAUUGGUUUUAUGGAUUUAAAUAUUUAUUACAAGCUCAUGCAACAUGGGUAUCGGCGAUAACAAUUUUAGCAUUGGAUUUGUGUUUGUUUAGCUCAUUGUUGCAGCUUUGUAUGCAUUUCGAUAUAAUUAAUAAGAAUAUUCUAUCGAUUGAGGCUGCUAAAGAUGAAGAAGCAACUGCUUUACUUAAAGAACAAGUGGCCUAUCAUCAGAAAUUGCUGAGUCUUGCUGAGAAGUUAAAUGCUGUUUUUACGCCAUCUGUACUUUUUAGUCUUCUGUCAUCAUCUUUGAUCAUUUGCUUUACGGGAUUUCAACUUCUUGGAGACAUAACUUUGUUCAUAGUCGUCAAAGCAAUUUUUCUAUUGGCAUAUGAAUUGAAACAAGUUGCCAUUACUUGCUUUUUAGGCGACAAACUAAUUGAAAUUAGCUUGAAAAUAAGUGAUGCAAUUUACGAACACAACUGGUACAAGGGAACCCCAAAAUAUAGACGACUUGUUUUGAUGGUCUUGAUGCGAUCACAACAUAGUGUUGCUCUUCACAUUGCUGGCAUUUCGGAUAUAUCACUUCAAACAUUUAGACAGGUUAUGAGCAUCUCGUACCAAAUCUUUACUUUACUCAGGACUGGAUAAGAUUAAAGUAUUGAUUAUAGAAAAUUACACAGUUUCAUCAUAUCAUUGUGUACUUAUUUGUUUUUAAAAUAUUAAAUAAAAACGAUCAUUAAUAAUAAAGCUUAAGUGGUAGAAAAACUUUGA